CAAGGCCACGAGUUAUUUGAAGAACUUUCCUACAGAGACAGCGUCCUGUGAAUGAGACUGUUUUUGUUGAGCUGGUAUUUGUACAGGGUGACACCCUCUUUCACACGGCCUACCUCCUCCCUGUGUGACUCAGUGUUGAGAGAGAAGCCUCUAAGCUGUUCAUUAACAGUCCUGCGGAGGUGGGAAGCGCACCCAGGAAGCUCCGGGUGCCCAUUUGUUUCAGCCUGAUCCACUUGGGGAAUCACUGCGGGCCAGUUAGUCGAGAGUCCCGGGUUUCUGCGCAAGAAAGAUCCUCACUAGAAUCCAGCAUGUCGAAUUUUUCCUCAAGAAAAAAGUCUCCUACUGGAAAUGAUCUGAAGAGCACCCAGGGAGCUGCGUUGAGACAACAAGGUUUUCAUGACGUGAACAAAAGAAGGGCUUUCUUACAAGACAACAGCUGGAUAAAGAAGCUCCCAGAGGAAGAAAAAUGUGCUUAUUCGAGGAGCCUACUCACUACUGGCAAUGACAGAGACGAAAAUUAUGGCAGGGUGGUGCUCAACCGGCACAACUCCCAUGAUGCCUUGGACAGGAAAAUAAUGGAAAGAGAUGAGCCAAAAGCCACAAUUAGCCGGUACAGAUCUGAGGACAUGCUGGACAGAACGCUGUCCACAUUUAGAGCACCAGAAUCAACCAAGAUGUCAGCUGGCAGCUCCUUCAAUGCAAACACUACCACCACAGCUUCAACCCCCGCCACCACUCCUGUGAAGAAAAAGAGGCAGUCCUGGUUCCCACCACCCCCUCCUGGUCACAAUGCCUCUCCAAGCACAGGAGCCAGCAGAAGGGACCCAGCCCUUCACCCUCCACUGCCUCCAAAGCCCUGUUCUCCCAUUGCUUCUCCUAAACAACUGAGGCGCAACCAUAGGCAGAUACAUGCAACUACAGUGGGGUCAUGUGGAGAAAACGAAAAACAUGCUGAAAGAAAUAUAAGGGCUGAGGAUCUUGAUGACAUCAUCAGAGUGGCGACUGCACUUCAGAAAACUGACAAGGGUGAAGAAUUGGAUAAUCUCAUCAGAAUGAACAAAAGCUUGAACAGGAAUCAAGGUCUCGAUGGGCUCUUCCGGGCAAACCUAAAGGCACAGCAGUUGGACAAAAGAGCGCAGAGUCUUGAAAGUCUGAUCUAUAUGAACACCCAUAUGGACAGAGAUGGCAAAGGAAAUCAAGCCUUCGGGAGCCUUAGGAAACUCAACCAACGCGCUGACACCGACAGAGGAAGCCAAGAUCUCAGAUCAGUUAUCAGGACAAAUGUCAUGGCGGAGAGAAGCAGCAGAAGAGGUAAAGAUCUUGAUAGCAUCAUGAAGAUCAACCCCAAGGGACAUGAUAGUACCACUGGAAGACAAGACCUCGAUGGACUGAUUAAAGUGAACCCUGACACAAAUAAAAAUAUGAGGAGGGGCCAGAGCCUUGACAAUCUUAUCAAAGUCACCCCGGAAGUAAACAGAAGUAGCAAAGGGGGUCAAAGUCUUGACAAUUUCACCAAAGGGGUUCCUGCAAGGAGCGGAGCUAACCAGGGGAACCAAGACCUGGACAGUCUUAUUAAAGUGACCCCCUCAGCAAACAAAAGCAAUCAACACAGUCUUGAUGAACUUAUUAGCACAAGCCCCAAAGCUGUCAAAACUCCUGCUAGACACCAAGAUCUCGAUAAGUUCAUCAAAGUAAAUCCUGAUGUUCUUACAAACAACCAAAGAAACCAUGAUCUAGACAGCACCUUCAGAGGGAAUCCUACAGUGACCAGGUGCGAGCAAAGCCAAGAGUUGGACAAUCUUAUCAAAGUGAGGCCCUCUGCUCCCCGAAACACAAAUGGAGACCAGGACCUAGAAAACUUGACUGAAGUCAAUUCUCAUGUGUCUGAAGAGAAGAAUGGGAGGCUAGAUGGACAAGCCAAUGGAUUGACUAACAGUCUACACAAGGGGGCCACAAGAACCUCAGUCUAUUCUUAUGAAGCCAGAAACAGCGUCAGCUCCAGUUCUGGAACCAAGAAUGCUGGGCCCAAGGACACUGUAGUUUAUACAAGGACAUAUGUGGAGAACAGUAAGUCACCAAAGGAUGGAUAUCAGGAAAAUAUCUCAGGAAAAUAUAUACAAACUGUUUAUUCAACUUCAGAUAGGUCUGUCAUCGAAAGAGACAUGUGCACUUACUGCCGCAAGCCCUUGGGGGUGGAAACCAAGAUGAUUUUAGAUGAAUUGCAGAUCUGUUGCCAUUCCACCUGCUUUAAGUGUGAAAUAUGCAAACAGCCUUUGGAGAAUUUACAGGCAGGGGACAGUAUUUGGAUUUACAGACAGACAAUACACUGUGAGCCCUGCUACUCUAAAGUGAUGGCAAAAUGGAUUCAAUAAUGCCAACUCAUAGAAAUGAAGAUGAACACCUUCACUGAGGGAUUUAAAGCUACAUUUUAAGAAUCGGUAAUCUAGAAGAAAUCUGCAUUGAAUAUCUCUUGUAUCAAAAACAACAGUUUUGUGGUUGCACAAAUAAUCUAAUUACUUUGCAGAAGGUCACAUACAUGAAAAGAAUCAUCUGGUAUCUGGCAAGGUUUAGUGAUAAAAAAAUCUACAUAGUUCUAGUCACCAAAGCCAACGACAGUGAGCGUUCUCAUCCCCGAGCAGGCAUUCCUGCUCCUGUUUGGCUGUCCAUACUGGUUUCCAUUGUAACCAAGUUCCUCAUCUUCCUAACUACAUUUAAGGUAAUACUUUACAUUAGAGCAUUAUUGACACCCUGACAAUAGACUGCUGGAAACAAGGUAUACUUCCUUUUUCUACAAAAGAGAACGCACAUAGAGAUUUUCUUAUAAACUUCUGGUUCAAGAUACCAAUGUUCCAAGUUGUUUGGACCAUAGAAAAUCACUUAAAGUUUCCAGACUUUCUGCGAUAUUAUCUGUGACACCAGAGAUAUUUGACAAAAUGAUUUCUAUGUUCCCCCUUUGCUUUUCUUAUCCUCUGAAUCUAAAAGAGAUUUGAGUUUCCUGUUUAGAAACAUGUUGGUAUAUUUGUUAGCUAUAUUGGGACAUAUAAAUAAUUUCACCUAAGUGUCAUCCUUCAGUUUAUCACAGGCAUAGAUUUUGAGGACUAUUCUUAAAACUGAAAUCAAUAGCUCUAUGGGUGAUAGGUAAAAUCAGAUAACAUGUAAUUUGUUAAACUUUCUUUGCAUGUAUUUCAAAAUCUGGGUGAUCAAAUAAUCUGAGAAGUAAUAGCUAUGUAUUGCAAACAUGUUAUGUAUGCUCGUGUUAUAAACAGUGUAUGUUUACAGAAGGCUCACAACAAUAAAAUAAACUGUCCAUUUCUG